CUCUGCUCACCUGAACACGACACUGCAAGGAGUCGUUCUCUCUCUGCUGCAGAAACAGUCCGGAUUGCAUCAAGACAACACAGAUCUUUCGAUACAAUGGCCUACUCCAAGCCCAACACCACCUUCUCUCUGGCUCUGCUCAGAAAGCUGAGUGAGGACAACAAGACUGCAAACAUCUUCUUCUCUCCAUUCAGCAUCUCUUCAGCUCUGGCUAUGGUGUUACUGGGAGCCAGAGGAGACACAGCCACUCAGAUAUCAGAGUGCUUGGAAACCGCGAACUGUCAGGACGAUGUCCACGUUCUGUUUGCCAAAUUACGGAAUGAGCUCAACAAGCCGGAAGCUAAAUUUGUUCUCAGUGUUGCCAACAGACUGUUUGGAGAGAAGUCCUACAGCUUUCUGCAGGAGUUUUUAACCCAAACAAAAACUCACUACGACUCCAAGUUGGAGGCUGUGGACUUCAGAACCAAAUGUGAGGAAGCCAGGAUCAAGAUCAACAACUGGGUGGAGGAGAAGACAAAAGGUAAAAUCAAGGAGAUGGUGGUUAAGGGCAUGGUGAGCGACAUGACCAAGAUGGUGCUGGUUAAUGCCAUCUACUUUAAAGGCAACUGGAAUGAGGCCUUCCAGAGAUCAAAAACCCGUGAGGUUCAGUUUAGACUCAACAAGAAAGACACAAAACCUGUGCAGAUGAUGGAACUUAAAAGCCAAUUCAACCAUGCCUCCAUUGAUGAAGCCAGCUGUGAGAUUCUGGAGAUUCCCUAUGAAGGGAAGGAACUGAGCAUGCUCAUCUUUUUACCAAGACAGAUAGAAGAUAACGAAACAGGUCUGAAGAAGCUGGAGGACCUCCUGACGUAUGAGGCAUUCAUGGAGUGGACUCACCCACAUGAGAUGCAAAGCGGUGAGGUUGUGGUGAAGCUGCCUCGAUUCAAGCUGGAGGAGAAGUAUAACCUGAACAAAGUCCUGAGCAGCAUGGGCAUGGUGGACGCUUUUGACGAGACGAAGUGUGACUUCUCUGGAAUGUCAAGCAACAAAGGGCUUUUUUUGUCACAAGUCUCCCACAAGGCUUUUGUGGAUGUGAACGAAGAAGGAACUGAAGCUGCUGCUGCCACGGGUGGUUUGGUGGCAGAUAGUGUGUCCUUCUUCACAGCAGACCACCCCUUCCUCUUCUUCAUUCGUCAUAGAAUCACCAAGACCAUUCUCUUCGCUGGACGCUUUUGCUCCCCCUAGCAUGUUCUAUAAUUAUGAAGCAGGCAGGCUACUAAACUCCAGACUCUGAGGGAUAAAGUCCUGCCGGUUCUUGACGUCCCCCUAGUUCAAGAAGUUUAAUGAAAUGGAUGACUUGCCUCCUGAACAUGCAAUCUAGUUCUUCGUAGUCAAACUAAUAACCAAUGGGCAAAAAAUUCUCACCAGCACACUCUAUACCCCAUAAAACGACCAAAACAGCAGCCACACUUGUCGCUGUCAUCCACAAGAUUGCACUGUUACAAAGGUCACCGAGUCCUUUUCCAGGCAGUCCGUGUUUGCACUGGAGUAAAGGUUCUAGGAUAACCAUUAGGUGGAAAUGAACUUAUUUGAAUGCAAACGUUUAAUUGUUUUCCAGUGUUAAGCUAUCAAAUCUUUCAGCGUUAAGAUCAGAGACCGUCGUUCCCCUGGGUGUACUGACAUAAACUGUGAAAUCAUCUGUAUUCACUCUGGUUCAAAGCGGCGUAAUGAUGGGGUGUUAUUGUUUUUUAAAUGACAAUUUGUUGCCAUAUUCUUUAACAAUUUCUAUGGGCUACAUUCAAGUUUCAAAAGGAUUUUUUCAGUUGUCAAACUUGUUGUUGUCUGGACAAAAGUGUGGAAAAUCCAUGGGCAAUAAAUGGCUUUAAGAAUCCCAGUAAUUGUGUUGUGAGAUGCAACUCUUAUAAAACAUAAAUAAUCAUGUGACCAUCUGAUUUUCUAAGUUUAGAAGAUUAAUUGCCAGUGAAAGAGAAAUAUCUUAAUUUCUGCUUAUUUUAUAAACAACAGGCUCAUGGGUAUUUUAAUUAGGCAGAAUUACAUCACUCUCUGAGAUCAUUGUAACAUCGCAUUAUUCUUAAAAAUUAAAACGAAUAUGGUAGGUGGAGUCUGUAAGGUCACACACAUAUGGACAAUAGGUGGCGGUCUGCACCUCCGAAUUUGUUUGGAAUCCAUUAAUAAUAAGAAGCUU